AUGCCCUCCAACUACGAGGGCGAAACUGGUUACGACAGGGCCUAUUUUCGCACUGAGAAGCCCAAGAGGAUCAGAGACACCAACUGGUUUGUUUCGUCUUACAACAAGAGACUCGCCAGCUUUGUUGAAAAUUUGGAGCUGUCCACGCAGGUUGGGCUGGAGGAUCAAAGACUGGCAAAGUUGGCCUUGUUUACUGAUUUGUUCCAGAACCAACUAACAAACGACCAAAGUGUUCUUUGCGACAACUUGAGCUCUUUGAACAAUCGUAAUUACUUGUCCAGCUUUGAAAGAGUUCAAAGUUUCAAAGAUAAUGAACAGUUUAUCUAUUACAAACACGAUAAACGGUUCAAACACAAUGUUGAUGCUGACUAUAAUUUGGUGUUUGCACGCUUUUUAACCAAACAGUAUGAAUUAAAAGACAUUAUGAGAGUUAAUUUGAUAUAUCCCUGGAGCACCUUUAAUGAAAUUUGUACAACUCGAUAUUUCGAUCAAGAAACUGAAAAAAUGGUUGAAAGAAAGGAAUAUUACAAUACUGAAAACAUUAUUCAGUUGGGUAAAGUGACUUAUAACUUAUUUGUUAGCUUAUUUAUAUUAAAUUGGAACCAGAAAAAAUUAUUAAAAAGCUCAAAUCCAGAGUAUAUUUCAGCGCCGAUUUUAGACGACGAGGAGAUAACGCUAGAUAACUUUUAUGAUGACGAUACCAAUCUUUUUACUCGAUUAGAGGAAAAUUUGUCUUCCGCUAAAAUCAAUGAAAUAAAUCAAUUAGAAGGUAUUGUGCCCAUUGAUAGUAAUUAUAUUAAGAAAGAAUUGAUGAAAGAUGAAAACAGCUUAGAGCAUCAAAAAAACCAACGAAAAAGUACAAAACCCAGAAUCAGAAGAUAUAAACAACGUCAACUUUUCUCUUUUAAAAAGAAACCAACCGAAUCUGAGAUUGCUCUAUCUUUGAAAAUUGGUUAUAACGAUUCUAAUGACAUUGAUGAAGAAUUGAUAAUGAAUUCCUAUGAUUUCAAUUUAUUGAAAAAAAAAGAAGAUAAGGGCACUAUCAAAAAAAAAUCCAAAUUGGCAAACAGCGAUUUAUUCCACUUAAAUGUUACGGCAGAAAGAUUGAUAUCCACCUCUUUAUUAAAAAGUUUUUUCAAAUCCAAUUUUUGGCUUAAAUAUAUUACGCAGUAUGAAGAAAAUAAGGGAGAUACCAACAUAAAUCUAUCAGAGACUCAAAAAACAAUGCAAACAGGAUAUCUAGUUGAGAGGACUUUUCAUUUAUUGAUCGGCAUGAUUGUUCAGCAUUAUGGUCAAAAUCAAUGUUUCAAAUUCAUUGAAAAUAAAAUUCUAUUGGGAAGAAAAGGACUAAUUAAUAUUUGUUAUAAAAGGGAUAAAUACGAAAUUGAGCUAGAAAAAAGAAAAUCGACAAUAAGAAGAAAACUAGAAAAGGUAAAAUUGAUAAUUAGUCAAGUUCCACUAGUGGCUGUUCAAAAAAGGCGUAUUGUUCGUUCGUUGACAAAAUCAGCCAAAGACCUCAAAAAAGUUCAGAAAUACAAGCCACACAAAAUCUUCAAAGUCACAAGAAACUUGUAUUGGAAAUAUCAUUGCUUAAUUGUUGCCAUAAUAACCCAUAUUCAAAAAAUCAAAUCCCAGAAUGCCCCACUCACUAAUAGCAAACGACCCUUAAUUGUUCUUUCCUUCACUCACAAAUCUAAAUAUAACAUUACAAUCAAGUUCAAAAGCUUGAAAGGUCUUUCUUUGCAACUUAAAAUUUUUGUUUGGCAAUGUCUUAUCAUGAAUUUCAAUAAUUUGAAACUACGCACGCAGGAAUUAUAUCCAAUAUCAUUUUCUCAUGAUGAAUCGAUAUAUUUACCACAAGAUGUUUAUAAUGCAUUGUUGAGCACAAUUAGUCCUUUAGAUCCUGAUAUAAUAGAUACACACAAUAAAUAUACGGCAAUUUAUAGUUCAUUAUACUCCUUAGGAUGCUCUUUUUCAUUCAACCUCUCUGGUUUCAUGAUCGAUAUACCAUUUCAAGAAAUGAUGAGUAAUGAAUCAAAUGCGAGCGAUGUUGAAUAUAGCAAGAAUGAAAGUUUUUAUAUAAAAAUUGAUUUUCGGAAAAAUCCAUAUGGUGACUUUUUUUAUUAG